UCAGCAGGGCAGCAGGUGUGAUAAUGACGCUGAGAAGCGAAAUGACACCAGACCAGCUCAGACUCUCCACUGGUUGCCAUUUGGACUCCAGUCCUCAGUCUUGUCGCUCAAAUCAUGCCGCUGUUCGCGUGGCUUCUUUGGACAUUGUUUUGCGGUACCUUGGGAGGUUCAUUUCAGCGUCCAACAUGGUCGGGAGGGCUAAAUUUGGUAUCGACAAAACAGGACGGAGGCCCGCGCCCCUCAUUCUACCACCUGCCCAUGUUCCAACACGCACCGGGGCCACUUGUAGCACGAGAGUUUUUCCGGCCGGUUCCUAAAAAGAGUCCGCUUCCCACGGGACUGACUACGCUGCUGUUACCGCCAGCAGGACAACACCGGAGCGUCCAGGGGACGGGUGCACGAGCUGUGGAGGUAUGGUGUGGAUACGAUCAAAUCUCUGUGCGCGUGGACCGCUUUCAGCUGCGCGCCUGGACCGUUCCAUCCCUGUUCCGACUGGGCUCGUGCGAAGCCAGCAGGACCAGCCCCCGCUUUCUGUAUUUCCACUACAGACUGAGGGAGUGCGGCGGAGAGUCUCAGGUUGUUGGUGGUCAGCUGGUGUAUACCUAUUCACUGUAUUACACUCCACCUCCACAAGGCUAUGUCAUCAGAGUUCUACCACUUAACCUUCCCAUCCACUGUCAUUACAACAGGUUUCAUUACUCCUACCAAGUUGGCUUCAGACCUCAAGUUCAGCACACAACCUUUAUGAAGAACAUCAGGAGUAAACUCAGCUUCAACCUCACUGUCUGCAAUGCUCAGUGGGAGCCCCUCCCUCCAGACCACUGGUUCUUUUUAGGGGAUCCAGUGUAUUUUGUGGCCCAGACAGGUGCUCUGUUGGCUGGGGAGAGGCUUUAUGUGGACUCAUGCUAUGCCACAAGUUCCAGAGACCCAAACAGCACGCCCAAAUUCGAUAUUAUUACUAACUACGGCUGUAUGACGGACAGCAGGAGGGAGGGCAGCAGCUCCAGGUUCCUGUCAGGAGGGGGUAGUGUGCUAAAGUUCUCUGUGGAUGCCUUUCUCUUCAGAGAAGUCUCACAAGUGCUGUACCUCCACUGUUCAAUGUCAGUCGGUCUCGCCACUUCCCACAUUUCUAAGUCCUGCAACUACAACAAGGCUGCUGGCAGGUGGGUGGAGCUGGAAGCCUCACCCCCAGUAUGCUCCUGCUGUGAUUCCAUAUGCACUGACAUACAGGACUCUAUCAAAAACACAGUCAGCAGUCCAGGCUGGUUCAUUGGGCAAAAGGGUGAAGAGAAACCAAGGGGGAGAGUGUUAUCUUUUCAAGCAGAGGGAAAAGAGUGGCUGGAUCAAGAAGAGAAGAGGGAAGAGAGAAUGGAUGAGCACCUUCAAAAAGUCCAGACUUUUCCAUGGGAGACAGAGAUUGGCCAUGAGGAGGAAAGUGAAGGGGCUAUUACAGAGAAGACAAUUGUACUCCCUGCUGAGAAAAAAGAAUGGAGGAACAGUGCUGCAGCCAGCCAGCAGGGAAAGAAAGAAAAUGAGGGUGAGACAGAAGAGGUUGCUGUGGAAAAGGCAGACAGCCAGCAAAAAGAAUUAGCAACAGAUAGCAUCAUGAUGUCUGACCAGACUAGACCUGGGGAAAAUGAGACAGUUGGGGCUGGAGAGGAGGUGCCUAGUACCAAAAGUUUUUCUGUGAGGGGUUUAUCCAGUGACAACAGUAAUACUGACGCUUCAAGAGAUGGUUCUGCUACCACCACUAUUACUACAACAAAUUCCAGUUUUGGUAUUGAUUAUAAUACAAGUUACCAUGGUUCUGCAGAAAAUAUUUCCUCAGCUGUAAUUCCUUUCAUUAAACUCUGUCCUAAUGGUGAUAAAGUGAGUUGCAGUGCCACUAUCGGUGCAAUCAAGCGUGAAGGGGGUAGUAAUAGUCCUGUACAUGGUACCAUGCAUGAUACUGCUAUUAGUACAGAGAGCUUUACCCCCUAUAAUGUUAGAGCUACAUCUGGUAUCGAUAGAUCUGGUUCUCUUUGGGAUUCAAGUGUCCAUGAGAGUCAGUUUAACAGUAGACUUGAGACAUUAGCUGGGACACAUUCUUCCACCAGUAAGUUUGAAUUUGACCCCCCUGGUUUUCUUGAUGUUAGAAGGUCAAGAAAAAGCAGGCUGGGGUCUGAUAAGUUGAGCACACUUUUGAAGUCAGAACCCUUCAUGUCUGUUAAUAAAUCAGUGGACACCAAGUCUGACAGGAUACCACAGCAAGCAGGUACUUCUGUUAACAGUAAAGGAACAGGUGGAGAUUAUGAUGUGCUUUGCAGUCUACAGAUCAGAGGGUUAGAAUCAGACCAGUCUGCUCGCCUCAAGGACCAAUUCUCUGUAGAUGAGUUUCUUGGUGAGUCUGAUUUUGAUUCUGGAAUUGAGGGUGGUGAAGCUCUGCAUCUGAGUCAGUUUACUGAAGCAGUGAAGACAAAGAAAGAAGUUCAAGAAUUUUCCAUUAUAAGGCCUCACAGUGUCAGUUCUGGUUCUGUUAGUAGAGCGCAAAUGCAUCAAGACAGCCCUACUCAUUCUGCUGUGGUGACAGUUACUACGACCCUGCAAGGGUCAGAGAGUAGCCAGAUGACUGACAGGGAGUGGGCUGAGGUAGUGCCAGGAUGGGGCAUGCAGAGUUUGGGGUUUGUGGUGGAGCAGCCAGCUGAGGGGGAAGGGGUGGUGAGACAGAAGGUGAUGGAUGAGUUCUUUUGAGAUAAGAUUAAUAGGCUUGUUCUUGGAGGGGCUUGAUAGAGCAGGUGUUGGUGUUCCCACAAAGCAGUAAUGUGACAAAGGUUUGGUGGUGUAGGAACAGAUUGAAAUUCCAGAAAUACACCUUUGAAAUCUAAUCUAAUUCAACAGCCCACCAAUAUAUUCAAUCUUUAAUUAAUUAAUCUUAUCAAAUUCUGUUUCUGUUGACUGGUCCACUGCUGUUUACAUAUAAGUCACAAAAUAUUAGAAAAACCUUUCACUAAUGCAAUCCAGCUUGACAUCACCACAAACAGCCUCUAAAUUGACAAUGGAGUUUAUAAAACACCUUAGAAUUGGACUCAACAAAAACUGAAUAUGAUAAUCUGAUGGGCUGAUGUAUUAGAUUACAUUGGGUUGUACAAGUGUUCAGUUAUUCAGGUAUUUUAAUAAAGAUAAGGGGCAGAAAGGGAGCUGAGCUUUACAGGAGAGAAAAAGUGAGUGAGAACGGAGCAGUUGGUCAUAGUGGGGCCAUGACCUGAAAUCAUACAAGCAGCGUCAGAGGGAGGAAAUGAGGCCAUUUCUGAUCAGCAUUCAGUCUCAUCAGGGCUUUAUCACAAUUGAUUAAAACAACAUUACAGUGUCUGGAUUUGCACUUUCUGCACUUUAAAAGGCUGAAACUUUCCUAGGUUUAUGGAACCUUGGAAAUAUUACAACCUCUCCAUUAAUCUCAAGGAUUAUGAAUAGCUGUAAAGCCUUGGAACUCUUGAAUUGCUCACUUGGACCACCUAGUACUUGAAAUAAAAACAUGGACCCAGUGCUGACUUUCAAGCAAACCUCGUCUGGACUGGAGCAGAACGAAUUGUUGCAGAGCCUGGUGUUCAUCUUGCUGUAGACAUGUUGCUGAAAAAUAAACUCAUCUGACCAGUCCCUUA